AUGGUUUCCAUCAUCAGCGAAAAUCUUCCGUCGCUUUUGGUGUUUGGACCACAGGCAGAGCUUCCAUCACCGUCUGUAAUCGAAGACCUUCGCCUAGAGCUUGUCAGCAGUCCUUUGCUGUCGGCUCUGAGGGAAGCAAUCAAACAGCUGCCGGAAUUCUGGAAAGAUUUUGUUGACUUCGAUCCUGACCUGGCGCAAGUUCCCGGCAAGAAAUAUCUGGACAGACUAAAGCAAUGGCUGGAAAAGGGUGGCUCACUCCUGUUUCCAGAGGAAGGUGCACCAAACCACUACGCUCUUGCUGUCACAGUUCUGCUGCAGCUAAGCCAGUACAGCUGUUAUUUGGGCCGUCUCGGCAAUGGCGCGCACUCUAGAGUCCUCCGAAGCGUAUAUCAGGGUGGAAUCCAAGGCUUCUGCGUUGGCUUUCUCAACGCGAUUGCAGUGGCCAGUUCCGAGCAUGAUUCCGACCUGGGUGCACACGCUGCUGUCGCACUGCGUCUCGCCGUAUGCAUUGGAGCCUACGUCGAUAUAGACGGCAGAUAUGGGUCUUCAAAUGAAGAAUAUUCCGCGAUGGCUAUAUCAUGGAAAGAUACAAGCUCUACGGCAAACCCUGCCGUGUCCGGUAUAGUAAAGUCGAUUCCUGGUGCGUAUGUAUCAAGUGUCAAUGACCGCUCCAGCGUGACCAUCACCCUGAAGACCGAGGAUGUCGACAAGCUUGUUGAGAUGGCUCGGGACAGGAGCCUGCGCAUCAAGCUCAUUGGCGUGACUGGCCGCUUCCACAGCACCCACCACCUGCCAGCUGCCAAUAAGCUUAUGAGUUUCAUUUCUCGAUCGGACCAGCUGCAGUUUCCGGAUGCCACGAAGCUGACAGUUCCCCUCCGAGAUACAAAGAAUGGGCACGUCAUUUCUGCCGGCUCAUUGAGUCGUUUUGCGCUCGAUAACACGCUUAUCAACGUCGCGCAGUGGUCUGCGACUGUGGACGCCUGUCUUGGGCAACUGAAACCGAAUGACGUUGUUUCCUACAGCUCUUUCAGCAUACCCAUGCCAGUCUCUGUAUUGAGAAGGCUCGAUUUGCGCCCACAGUCACUCUACGGGCCUCCGUCAUCCGCCGCGGUUGUCAAUGGACCUGGAAUGAGUACACUGGGGAUGAAUGACCGUACGACGCAAGACAGUCAGUACAACGACGAUACAAGUGCAAGCAGCCCGACUGAGUCUCUAGACCUGUCGCAAUACCCACCCCAUUCCAUCGCAAUCGUCGGCAUGGCGAGUCGCUUUCCUGGCGCGGAUUCAGUCGAUGAGCUGUGGGAUCUGCUCAUGGCCGGCCGGUCCACUGUCGAACCUGCUCCUGUUGAACGGCUUGGCCUCUCUCAAACUGGUGCCUACGCCGACAUGAAGUGGUGGGGAAAUUUCCUCAAGGACCCGACAGCCUUUGAUCACAAAUUCUUCAAAAAGUCACCCCGUGAGGCUGUAGCGUGGGACCCUCAACAGCGCAUCCUGCUCGAAGUCAUUUACGAGGCGCUUGAGUCUUCUGGCUAUUUCGGUAUUUCCAAGGAGGCCAAGCCAGACGAUUACGGCUGCUACAUUGGCGCCGUUAUGAACAACUACUACGACAACCUGUCCUGUCACACUGGUACUGCAUAUGCGACUGUCGGAACGUCGCGCUGCUAUCUUAGCGGCUGCAUGAGCCACUAUUUCGGGUGGACUGGCCCGUCUCUGACAAUAGAUACAGCCUGUUCAUCCUCUCUCGUUGCCAUCAACUCGGCGUGUCGCGCUAUUUGGUCUGGUGAAUGCUCUCGGGCUGUUGCUGGCGGAACCAACGUCAUUUCUAGCCCCUUUGACUACCAAAACCUAAGCGCUGCCGGCUUUCUCAGCCCAUCUGGUCAAUGCAAACCCUUUGACGCGGACGCGGAUGGUUACUGCAGAGGUGAAGGUGUGGCCGCAGUCGUCUUGAAGCCUCUGAAGGACGCUAUUAAAGAGAAGGAUGAUAUCAUUGGCGUCAUUGUGGGUUCCGCCGCCAAUCAAAACCAGAACUUGAGUCAAAUCACAGCACCAUAUUCUCCCUCCCAGGUCGAUCUCUAUAACAAGGUCAUGAAGCUUGGCGCGGUGAAGCCGGAAGCUGUAUCCUAUGUUGAGGCCCAUGGAACCGGAACUGGCGUUGGUGACCCCAUCGAGGUGCGAAGCAUCCGCGAUGCCUUCGGCGGGCCCGAUCGUGAUUCCGUUCUUCAUUUUUCGUCCAUCAAAGGAAACAUUGGCCACACUGAAGCUACAGCCGGUGUUGCUGGUCUCAUCAAGGUACUUCUCAUGAUGAGAUACAGGCAGAUACCCGGUCAAGCUAGCCACAGUAGCUUAAACCCAAAGUUACCGGCGUUUGGCGAGCAUCGAAUGCAGAUUCCCCGAUGCACCAUUCCAUGGGAAGCUUCGUCCCUAUUGGCAUGCGUCAAUAGCUACGGUGCAGCGGGAAGCAACUCUGCGAUAAUGGUGCGAGAAGGGCCUGCUGUUGGGCCAUCGAUGGCACCUGAGCCAUUGUCAACCUACCCAGUCUUCAUCUCUGCUGGAUCUAAGACUAGCCUUGUUAAUUAUUGCGUCAAGCUCCUCCAGUGGCUGAACGAUCUGAGUGCAACAGAGCGAUCAAAGGACCUUGCUGCAAUUCUGUUUAAUCUUGCAGAUAGGGGUAACCAUCAGCUACCGCACAUCUUCACCGCCUCUGUUCAAAACGUUGCGGAUCUCAAAGUCCAGCUUCAGUCUGCUGUAGGCGGCGCUGAUAAAACAAUGGUUCCCAAAAAUCGGAAGCCCGCGAUUGUUGUUUUUGGCGGCCAAGACAGUGAAUUCAUCGGCCUCUCCCAGGCUGUUUACAAGUCUUCGACAGUCUUCCGGGCGCGCUUGGACUCAGUCAAUGACCUCCUCGUAUCUGCUGGCCUCGAAAGUUUCUACCCGUUCAUUUUCGAGACUAAGCCUGUGAAGAGUCUAGUGAGGCUCCAUUCAGCACUCUUCGCAGCCCAAUAUGCCUCUGCCAUGGCCUGGAUCGAUAGUGGGCUUGAAAUCAGUGCAGUUGUUGGACACAGUUUUGGCCAGCUUACAGCAUUGUGCAUCUCUGGAGUACUUUCCCUUGCGGAUGCUUUGAAGCUGGUUACAGGCAGAGCAUCAAUAAUGCAAAAGCACUGGGGUCGCGAACCAGGAUCCAUGCUGCUGUUGCAGGACAAGCGCGAAACUGUUUCUGAACUUCUCUCCGAUCUCAAAUCCCAAUACGGCAAUGCGCAUGUUGAAAUUGCAUGUUUCAAUGGACCGAAUAGUCAUGUCGUUGUUGGAUCUUCCGAGGCAAUUGGUAACUUGCAACAUUACGUAUCGACCCAUCGAAACUCGAUUCGCAUGAAGAAACUCAACGUGACUCAUGGAUUCCACUCUCAAUUUACUGAGCCAAUGCUCCCACACCUAGAUGCGUUGGCGAGACAGCUAGAAUGGAAGGAGCCGAAGAUUCACCUCGAAACAACUGAUGAGCAUGGCAGUGUUACGGCACCCAAAGUCCAGAAAUCGCAAUACGCAUUUAUCAGCCUACCUCCAAUUCAAUUUGACAAAACUCGUCACUGGCUCGGAUUUACAGCAAGACACGAUGCGGCGCCUGAUAAUCAGGCCGGAGCUGCGGAAGUCGAAGAAUUGGAGAAGCUCCUUUCUUUCACCCAUUUCCAAGACGGCUCAAAAUCCAAUGCAGUGUUCCAGAUUAACCCAAAGUCUGAUCGUUUUCAGGGAAUGGUUGGUGGCCAUGUCAUGGCAGGCGAAGGCCUCGCGCCUGCGUCCUUGUACUUUGAGGUUGUCUCCCGCGCCGCUCUGUUACUGCAGGGCAAAGACGCAGUACAGUCAUACGUACCAACUGUGAAAAAUCUGACAAUGAGAUCUCCAAUCGGCAAGUCCACCACUAAGAGUAUCGUCCUCCUCUUGAGAAAGCUCGACGGGCCCAUCCCGUCUUGGUCGUUCUCCAUCACGACGCGAGAAAUUGAGAACAGCAAGGCAGAGCCUUUUGAGCACUCAGUCGGCACAGUUCAUCUCAAGAGGCGAGACGACACUGAGGCAGCGCGGGAGUUUGCUCGCUUCCAAACUUUGACCGGCCACACCCGUUGGGAAGGCUUGAUGAGCCAUCCCGAGGCAGAGAAGAUGCGAGGCAGCCACAUAUACCGCGCAUUCAAUACCGUCGUAUAUUAUGGCGAACUGUUUAGAGGCAUCAAAGACGUGGCCUGCGUGGACUGGGAAGCUGCCGGCAAGGUGCAAGUUCAGCUACCCCGGAAAGACCCUGCUGACCAGCGUCUCUGCGACACGCCAAUGACGGACAGCUUCAUGCAAUUCGCCGGUUUUCUCGUCAACUACUUCAACAACCCUAGCAUGGACGACGUAUUUGUCUGCGGCAAGAUUGACCACAUUGAGAUUGGCGGCGACUUUGACCCCGAUGCCGGCGAGUGGCUAAUCUACUCCAACAUGAGCGAGGGUGGCGAGACGGAUGCCUCUUCUGAUGUGUACAUCUUCGAGGCAAGAAGCAAGAAACUGGUCAUGAUUGCCUUUGGAUUUCGAUUUUCAAAGAUGCAGCAGAGCCUGCUGGGUCGUAUGCUCAAGAGCGUCAACAAGGCCAAAGCAACCGUCAGACAGCCCGCCGCGGCAGCCGUGGAGCGUCUACCCGCGUCUGACCCAACUUCAUUCAUCGUGGAGCAAGCAAUAGCUCCGAAACCCAAGUCGUUGUACGUCGGAAAGCGCCAGGACGUGCAUCAGAUUUUGUCCAACAUCACCGACGUGCUGCUCGACCAGCUCACAGACGACUCAACCCUGGAUGAUCUGGGGGUGGACUCACUAAUGGCCACUGAGGUUCUGAAUGAUAUAAGGGCAGCCCUUGGCAUCACCAUCGAUCUCUCAAGCUUUUUGUUCUUCCCGAAUGUUCGCACCAUAGUGCAGCAUAUCGAUGAGAAGCUUGGUCUAGCUACUGGGGGAGCUGCUAGUGAAACAAGCCAUGAUUCAGGAGUUUUGGACAUGGGUGAGAUGCAGCCUCACGAAAAACGCAUCGAAACCUCCCCAGAGUCAGUCAAGACGGCUAUAUCAGAUGCAGCUCCCGAGAGCGAGCUAGCUCUACCCUCAGCAAGGGAGGCUUUUGAAGCAGUGCGUCUCCACUACGACAAGCUGGCCCAGACGACAGGUGCCGCCGGCUUUUGGGAGAAUGCGUAUCCAGAACAAGCUAGGCUGGUUAUUGCUUAUGUCAUUGAAGCCUUUGCCGACUUGGGAUGCGAUGUUCGAACGCUUCAAGCCGGGAAUCCAGUACCGCAGAUAACGGCACUCAGCAAGCACGCCCAGCUUGUUCAGCAAUUAUACCGCGUCCUUGAAGACGGAGAGGUUGUGACAAAAUCUGGAGACGGGAAAAUCUUUUCUCGAACCAGCAAGACUGUUGAGAAUGUCACUGCUGAGUCGAUUUACCACGAGAUGAUUGAUCUAUAUCCACAGCAUGCGACCAUAAAUAAGCUCGUCCGAGCAGUAGGUUCCGAGCUUGCGGCGUGUCUCCGUGGAAGCAAAGACGGCAUACAAGUUUUGUUUGGCGAUCGCGAAGCCAAGAAGCUGCUUGAGGACAUGUACGAGUUUUCUCCUCUGCUACGAACUCCGACUCUUGUUCUGGGCGACUUCUUGGCAGAGGCUCUCUCCAAGACCACCGGCAACGGAAAGCUUCGACUGUUGGAGAUUGGCGCCGGGACAGGCGGCACGACCCGGUACAUUGUCGAUCUAUUACAGACGCUAGGGGUAGACUAUGAGUAUGUCUACACGGACCUCAGCUCUUCACUUGUCAAUACGGCCGCGAAGAGGAUGAAGGGCACUCCUGGCCUGCUGUUCGAGGUCCUGGACAUUGAAAUGCCGCCCCAGCCCCGGCUUCAAGGGGCUUACCACUUCAUCAUUGCGACCAACUGCAUCCAUGCGACGAGAGACCUGGAGGCCUCGCUGCGGCACGUCAGGCAGAUGCUGCGCCCCGACGGUGCUCUGACGCUGAUUGAAAUCACAAAGAACAUGUACUGGCUUGACAUUGUCGUCGGCCUCCUAGAAGGGUGGUGGCUGUUUGAAGACGGCAGGAGCCAUGCCCUGGUCAACGAAAAGCACUGGGAGAGGAGCAUGAAGGCUGCAGGCUUCCGGGAGGUUGCUUGGAGCGACGGCGCAACGCCGGAGUCCAAGACGGUCCGGGUUGUGGCGGCGUUCCUCGACGGUCCGGCCAAGGAGACAGCCGAAAAGCCAGUCAAGGCCGCCAUGGAAACGUUUGUCUACAAAGAGGUGGGUGGCCUCGAGAUCCAAGCCGACGUCUAUUAUCCAACAGAGAGCGCGCGGUUCACAGGCCAGAAAAUGCCAGUCGCUUUGAUGAUUCACGGAGGCAGCCACAUGAUUUUCAGCAGAAAGGACACAAGACCUGCUCAGACGCGGCUUUUGCUAUCCAAGGGCUUCCUACCCGUCAGCGUCGACUAUCGCCUGUGCCCAGAGGUGUCGUUGUCACAGGGCGCCAUGGUGGAUGUGUGCGACGCUCUUGACUGGUGCGGCAGCCAGCUGCCGGCUAUUGUGUGGCGACACUUUGGCCUGCGCAUUGACGGGCAGAACGUCGUCGUCGUGGGUUGGUCCUCUGGCGGACAGCUCGCCAUGUCUCUGGGCUGGACAGCACCGUCGCGCGGGCUCAAACCCCCGUCCGCCGCCUUGGUCUUUUACGCGCCGACCGACUACGAAGACGAAUGGUGGCGCAACCCCAUUCACCCCAACGGCGCCCCAUACCGCGGGCAGGAGUACGAUAUAUUGGAGAGCGUGCAGGAGAAGCCCAUCACGGGCUACAGCAUCGUGGGCGCGUGGGAGGAGCCCAUCUCCGACCCCAACAGCAUCAACGAUCCGCGGUGCCGCCUCAUUCUGCACAUCAACUGGAAGGCCCAGACACUGCCCGUCAUUCUCAACGGCCUCCCCAGCAAAACAGGGGCAGCCACGGAGCAUUCCGAAGUGGCAGAUUGGGGUGCGCUCCCGCAGCCAUCACUAGAUGUCGUACAGGCUGCCAGCCCGCGAGCGCACAUAAGGGGCGGCACGUACAGCGUGCCGACGUUCUUUGUCCAUGGAACGGCGGAUGACCUCAUUCCGUGGCAGCAGACUCAAGAAACGCACCGCGCCAUGAUGGAGCAGGGUCUGGAAACAGGCUUGGAGCUGCUGGAUGCGGCGCCGCACAUUUGCGACUUGAGCAGCGACCCGGGCUCAGAUGGUUGGCAAGCAACACUGAAGGGUUACGAUUUUAUCUGCUCGCGGGUUUAG